AUGGCUGCACUUCGUGCUCAUGAGCCUCGCUUUGGUCCUCUCCGUGCUCGGCGGCAGCUUUGGUGCUACCGGCGCACCUCCGAGGGCGUCGGCGCCGAUCUGCUCAGCCAGCUGGGCAGCGACGCCUGGGCCAUGGCGCAGGGGAAGCUGCUGCCCUCGAAGAACCGCGAGGUCGGAAACGGGAGAAAGCGGGUGCUGCUGGGUUUGUCUAGCUCCUUCCCACCACUCCUGAUCUUCCACUGGGAAGCUGCGGCCGAUGUCCUUUUGGAGGCGUCGCUGGCGGCGAACGCCACGCCCUUCCUUCAUCAAACCUUGGCGCGGCCGGACGUGAUCUCGGGCAGUGCGAUCGCCGGGGUGCCGGUGAUGCUGAAGACUGCCUGGGAGGUGUUAUGUGGCGUGUCCCCCUCAGCGACGGCAGACUUCAGGGAGCAAGGCUCCAAUCUGCGGCACCGGGGCUGA